AUGGCCUACGUGCUCGGGCAGGUCAGCUACUCCAUUCCCGAAGAAAUGGCCAAAGGCUCUGUGGUUGGCAACAUAGCGAAUGACUUAGGUUUAGAUCUGAAGAGGUUGAAAUCGGGUAAAGCUCGUGUCUAUACAGGAGGCGGUGCAGAAUACAUCGGGCUGAAUAAAGACAGAGGAGUCCUCCUUAUCCAAGAGAGGAUAGACAGGGAGGCUUUAUGUGGUGAGACGACGCCUUGCGCUUUACAUUUCCAGUUAAUUCUGGAAAAUCCAAUGGAAUUGCACCAGCUGAAAAUACUGAUCCAGGACCAGAACGACAACCCUCCUCAGGUUCUUUACCCAGUCCAGACUGGUGGCUCUGUGGUGGCUGAGAUGGUGCCUCGUUCAGCAGAUGUGGGCUACCUGGUGACUAAAGUGGUGGCUGUUGAUGUGGACUCUGGACAGAAUGCCUGGCUGUCCUAUAAACUGCAGAAAGCCACAGACAGGGCGCUGUUUGAAGUGGGCUUACAGAAUGGAGAAAUCAGAACUAUCCGCCAAGUCAGUGAUAAAGAUGCAGUCAAACAGAGACUGACUGUUAUAGUGGAGGACAACGGGCAGCCCUCUCGUUCAGCUACAGUCAUUGUCAACGUGGCGGUGGCGGACAGCUUCCCUGAAGUGCUGUCGGAGUUCACUGACUUUCCACACGACAAGGAGUACAAUGACAACCUGACUUUUUACUUAGUGCUUGCUCUGGCUGUAGUUUCCUUCCUCUUCAUCACGUGUUUAGUUGUUAUUAUAUCAGUCAGAAUCUACAGAUGGAGACAGUCUCGCAUCCUGUAUCAGUCCAAUCUGCCUGUGAUUCCAUAUUAUCCACCACGUUACUCAGACACUUUGGGGACAGGGACUCUCCAACACGUGUACAAUUACGAGGUGUGCAGGACGACUGACUCCAGAAAGAGUGACUGUAAGUUCGGCAGAGCUGGUAGUCAGAACGUGCUGAUAAUGGAUCCCAGUUCUACAGGAACGAUGCAGCGGAUUCAGAGUGAGAAGAGCAUCCUGGAUGAACCAGACUCUCCUCUAGAGGUUGGUUAUUUGGGGGCUCAUUUGUAA